AUCACGCUUUAUCGAUCUAGAUAUCAAUGUAUUUUUUUACCUUUGUACAGGGUGAUCACAAGACAGUUAAAAGUUAAAGAACAAAGAGCGAGGAACGGCGCCAAAAGGAGAAAAGUGGAGAUUUCGUUCAUCCUCUUGUUGUGCGCCAUUUGCAGUGCUAUUGGCAGCAAGUACGACAUUAACUUUAUCGAGAAUGGAAAACAGUAUAGGGAGAAAUUAUCAAUUGACAAAACGAAGAGCAUAAUAACGUAUGAUGUGCCAACUCAUGCUGGCAUUGAAGGAGCCAAAUACUUGACUGAUUACAAUCUAGGCUUUAACGUGAUGAAAGUUGAUAGUGAAAAGAAAUGUUUUGCUUGGAAAAUUUCUGCUACUGAUGGAUCGCCUGCAGCUGUUGAAGCUGGACUAAAAAAGUUGAAGGGGAUGUUUCCUGAAACAAAGUACUCAGUGGAAAACCUCAAAAUGUUGCAACUGCAUGUGAUUGAAAAAAAGAAUUUGUCUCCAGAAUUACUAAACUUUUGUGGCAAUUAUACUGUUGUCAAAGUUGGAAUGUUUACAAAACAUGGGAUGGAAAAGUUUGCCGCGUCACAAGCAAAAUCAUUGAUCACCGGACGAAGCAAACGACGGAUAAUAGAUGUUAAGAAAUUUUUGCUGUGUGAUAACGACAACGCUUACAAGGAAGUGACAAAAUGUUAUGAUGGUCACGGAAAAGAGAUUGGAACACUGGCAGCAACUUGUCAAUUUCUCACAAGAAGACACUGUGUGUACUCUGUCUCCUGUCAGAUCAAGGGACAGGGAUUUGCGUGUCCAGAUCCACUGCACAGAUUUACAAUACUGCAUUGUUGCAAUUACAAGUGUAACUUAUUUAGCGGCUAAUAAAUAAUCAAGAGUG